GAGGACAAAAGUCAGAGGUUACGUUACAGGAAAGAAGACAAGAAAGCACCUCUGUUAUAGUACAAGACAGAUACUAUAUGAUCGGUGGAUCCGAUAUAGGUUCCAGACGCACGGCUGAAUAUCUGCUGGAAGGAGAUUUGGUGAGCAAAGUAGGCAUGGCAACCCCAGAAUGGAAUGACUUCAGUUGUGCAAUCAGGUUCUCGGAUAGAUCAUUCAUUGUGAUUGGAAAGGAUAUUGUAACUGAAUAUGAUAUUAUCUCAGGAAUUGGCAAAGAUCUUCCAAAACUGAAUAUCCCUCGCCAAAAAUUUGGCUGUAGUUCUUUUUUGGAUGUGGACGGAGAGGAGGUCUUCAUAGUUGCAGGAGGCAACUCUGCUGGUUCAAAAAGGUCCACCGAGAUAUUCAAGCCUUCUGUUGGAACUUGGACAGUAAUAGGGGAGUUAAACUAUGAAAGAAAUUCUCAUGCCGUUGUGACCACCUCAGACGGAGUAUAUGCUAUUGGAAAUAAAUUAAAUAACAAGGAAAAGGUUGAGAAGCUGGAUAUUGAGACCAAAACUUGGAAUGAUACUGGGCUCUUUUUUCAAGCUAGUCAUACUUUUGCAAAUGCAAUCACAGCAAUUCCCAUUAGUAUUCUACCCCCUUAGAUUUAUGCUUUUUUUCUCUAAAGGGUGUCCUGUAUCUAAUUGCAUAGAAUCUUGCCAGCUAAAUUAUCAUAUUGAUAAUUUUGUUCUUAAUUAAAUAAUUCAUGACAAUAUUUUUAAAAUCUCAAAAUUCAAUUAUGGAAAAUGUU